CGCUAUUCGUGCUUUCAAUCGGCCCACGCCUAAGCGCAGACAAGUGUAAAACAAUGAACUGGUAGAAGUCAUGCGCAGCGAAGAAGCCAAACCCAGGAAGAAAAGGAAGAGAAGCGGAUUGGAAACUAGACAACCAACACAGAAACUGAAUCUUUUUUUUUUCCCAAAAUACCCCUCACAACUAUCUCCCACAUUUCCUUCUUUGGCUCAAUUUGCUUUCCAUGAUCUCUAUAAACCCUCAUCUAUGUUCGAUUCUUUCUAUAUUCUCUUCGUGAUUAAAUUCUCUUAUGGAUCUACUGAAUUUUCAUCUCCUGUGAUCUUCUAGCUUGCGAUUGUAGUUCGAUCGUUGAUUUUUCUCUGUUGGUUUUUUUUCGUCUUUAAUUUUCCGGGGAAGUUGUUCCGGGGUGAGAAAAUGAAGGUGCCGUGUUGUUCUGUGUGCCAAACGCGUUACAACGAGGAGGAGAGGACUCCGUUGCUGCUUCAAUGCGGGCACGGGUUCUGCAGGGAGUGUCUUUCGAGGAUGUUCUCAGCAUCGCAGGAUACGACACUUCCUUGUCCACGGUGUCGCCACGUUUCAGUGAUUGGGAAUUCGGUGCAGUACUUGCGCAAGAACUAUGCUCUGCUCGCUCUUAUACAGUCCAACGCCGCCGCUGCAGUGAAUGAUAAUACUGAUGAUGACGAGGAUGGUGAGGGCGUUGAUGAUAAGGAGGAUGGGGAAAUUAAUGGAUACGGUGAUGUGGGGCGGCGAAGCCAUGGGUGUCAUGCUUCGAGUUCAGGAACUGCGUGCGGACCUGUGCUUGAGCUCGGGAAGCACCAAGAGGUGAAGCUGGUAAGGAAGAUUGGAGAAGGAAGACGAGCGGGAGUAGAGACGUGGGCUGCAGUGAUCGGUGGGACCCAUGGUCGGUGCAGGCACCGUGUAGUUGUGAAAAAGGUGGCAUUGAGUGAGGAGAUGGAGGUGGAUUGGGUGCAAGGGCAGCUGGAUAACUUGCGGCGUGCGACAAUGUGGUGCAGGAAUAUAUGCACUUUUCAUGGCGCUGUGAGGAUGGAUGGGAGUUUGGGGCUUGUAAUGGAGAGUUGUUACGGGUCUGUGCAGUCUGAGAUGCAGCACAAUGAAGGGAGACUCACACUGGAGCAGAUAUUAAGAUAUGGGGCAGAUGUUGCAAGAGGGGUUGCUGAACUCCAUGCAGCAGGUGUUGUUUGUAUGAAUAUAAAACCGUCCAAUCUUCUUUUGGAUGCAAGUGGUUGUGCAGUGGUCUCUGAUUACGGACUUGCUGCGAUCCUGAAAAAACCUGCCUGCCGAAAACCUCAAACACAGUGUGAGUCUUCGAAAAUUCAUUCGUGUAUGGACUGUACAAUGCUCAGUCCACAUUACACUGCUCCAGAGGCUUGGGAACCAGUGAAGAAGUCAUUGAAUCUAUUCUGGGAUGAUGCCAUCGGUAUAUCUGCUGAGUCAGAUGCAUGGAGUUUUGGUUGUACAUUGGUGGAGAUGUGCACAGGCUUUGUUCCGUGGGCCGGUUUGAGUGCAGAAGAAAUUUAUCGAGCUGUUGUCAAGGCUAAAAAACAGCUUCCCCAGUAUGCAAGUGUAGUAGGUGUUGGAAUCCCUAGGGAAUUGUGGAAGAUGAUUGGUGACUGCCUGCAGUUCAAGCCAUCAAGAAGACCGACUUUUAGUGCAAUGUUGGCAAUAUUUCUUCGUCACUUGCAGGAACUCCCACGCAGUCGCCCUGCGAGUCCUAAUAACGGUUUUGCGAAAAAUUCUGUAUCAAAUGUGACAGAAUCAUCUCUCACACCUGAUUUUGAGGUUUUACAGAGCAAUCCGAAUCAUCUACAUCGUCUUGUUUCUGAAGGGGAUGUGCACAGUGUUAGGGAUAUACUGGCAAAGGCGGCAUCAGGACAUGGUACUGUCUCAAUAUCUAUGCUAUUAGAAGCACAGAAUACUGAUGGCCAAACUGCUCUCCACUUAGCUUGCAGACGUGGUAGUGCAGAACUUGUGGGGGCAAUAUUAGAGUAUGCAGAGGCAAAUGUGGAUAUUUUGGAUAAAGAUGGAGAUCCUCCUCUUGUUUUUGCUUUAGCAGCUGGUUCGCCGGAUUGUGUCCGUGCUCUUAUUGAGAAAGGGGCUAAUGUUAGAUCUAGGUUGAGGGAAGGCUUUGGCCCAUCUGUUGCCCAUGUCUGUGCCUACCAUGGCCAGCCUGAUUGCAUGCGAGAGUUGCUUUUGGCUGGAGCUGAUCCCAAUGCAGUGGACGAUGAAGGUGAAUCCGUACUCCACAGAGCUGUGGCCAAGAAGUAUACUGAUUGUACCCUUGUCAUAUUGGAAAAUGGUGGCUGUAUGUCAAUGGCUAUUCUAAAUUCAAAAAAUCUGACACCAUUACACUUGUGUGUUGCGACGUGGAAUGUUCCCGUCGUAAGAAGUUGGGUGCAGAUUGCAUCCCCAGAAGAGAGAGCCUAUGCGAUUGAUAUACCAAGCCCCGUUGGCACUGCAUUAUGUAUGGCUGCUGCUCUAAAGAAGGAUCAUGAAACUGAGGGGAGAGAAUUGGUCCGCUUGUUGCUCGAUGCUGGAGCAGAUCCAACUGCCCAAGAUUCUCAACAUGGGCGAACAGCUUUGCAUGCGGCUGCUAUGGCUAAUGAUGUGGAGUUGGUUAAAAUAAUUCUUGAUGCUGGAGUGGACCCGAACAUUAGGAAUGUGCGCAAGACGAUACCACUUCAUGUAGCAUUGGCUAGAGGGGCCAAUUCAUGUGUGGAGUUGCUUUUAUCUGCUGGUGCAGAUUACAAUUUGCAGGAUGAUGAUGGCAACAAUGCUUUCCAUAUUGCAGCAGAUGCAGCAAAAAUGAUUCGUGAAAAUCUAGAAUGGCUCAUUGUUAUGCUUAAAAAUCCUGAUGCUGCAGUUGAAGUUAGAAAUCACAACGGUAAGACUCUACGUGACUUUCUGGAGGCCCUUCCCCGGGAAUGGAUUUCUGAAGAUCUGAUGGAGGCACUUACAGAGAGGGGAGUGCAUCUGUCUCCAACAACAUUUGAAGCGGGGGAUUGGGUUAAGUAUAAAAGAACUGUCACAAAUCCUACAUAUGGGUGGCAAGGUGCGAACCAUAGAAGUGUGGGCUUUGUGCAAAGUGUCUUGGACAAGGACAAUCUCAGUGUCUCCUUUUGUUCUGGAGAGGCUCGUGUAUUGACAGAUGAAGUUUUGAAGGUGAUUCCAUUGGACAGGGGACAUUAUGUCCAGCUUAAACCUGAUGUCAAAGAGGCAAGGUUUGGCUGGCGUGCUCCUGCACGAGACAGCAUUGGUACAGUCUUAUGUGUUGAUGAUGAAGGGAUCUUGCGUGUUGGAUUUCCAGGCGCAUCCCGUGGCUGGAAAGCUGAUCCUGCAGAAAUGGACAGGGUCGAAGAAUUCAAAGUUGGGGACUGGGUUCGUAUUCGCCCCACUCUUACGACUGCGAAGCAUGGAUUUGGACAUGCAACACCUGGGAGCAUUGGUAUAGUGUAUUGCAUCAGGCCAGACGGUAGUUUGUUGCUAGAGUUGAGCUAUCUUCCAAAUCCAUGGCAUUGUGAACCUGAGGAGGUUGAGCAUGUUACCCCGUUCAGGAUUGGUGACAAGGUAUGUGUGAAGCGAUCUGUUGCUGAACCUAGAUAUGCUUGGGGUGGUGAGACUCAUCAUAGUGUUGGGCGUAUCAGCGAGAUAGAGAAUGAUGGGCUCCUAAUUAUGGAAAUUCCUAAUCGACCUAUACCAUGGCAGGCUGAUCCAUCUGACAUGGAAAAGGUUGAAGAUUUCAAGGUUGGGGAUUGGGUUAGAGUGAAAGCUUCCGUAUCUUCUCCAAAAUAUGGUUGGGAGGACAUUACUCGGAAGAGCAUUGGGGUGAUUCAUAGCUUGGAGGAGGAUGGUGAUAUGGGUAUUGCCUUUUGUUUUAGAAGCAAAUCUUUCAGUUGUUCUGUGACUGAUGUGGAAAAGGUACCUCCUUUUGAAGUUGGACAAGAAAUUCAUGUGAUGCCAUCCAUUACACAGCCACGUCUUGGAUGGUCAAAUGAAAGUCCAGCAUCUGUCGGAAAAAUUGUGAGAAUUGACAUGGAUGGAGCUUUGAAUGUGAGAGUUGCUGGAAGAGACAGCUUGUGGAAGGUGUCUCCUGGAGAUGCGGAAAGUCUUUCGGGAUUUGAAGUUGGUGAUUGGGUACGUUCAAAACCAAGCCUAGGAACUAGACCAAGUUAUGACUGGAACACUAUUGGCAAAGAAAGCUUAGCAGUAGUGCAUAGUGUCCAAGACACUUGUUAUCUCGAGCUGGCUUGCUGUUUCCGCAAAGGGAGGUUGGUCACUCAUUACACAGACGUUGAGAAAGUUCCAUGUUUUAAAGUUGGGCAGCAUGUUCGGUUUCGACCUGGACUGGUUGAACCACGGUGGGGCUGGAGGGGGGCACAGCCUCAUUCACGAGGCAUUCUAACUAGUGUUCAUGCGGAUGGAGAAGUAAGAGUUGCAUUCUCUGGUUUGUCAGUGUUUUGGAGAGGUGAUCCUACAGAUCUCGAGGUAGAGCUGAUGUUUGAAGUGGGAGAAUGGGUAAGACUGAGGGUAAAUGCCCAUAAUUGGAAAUCCAUUGGACCCGGUAGUGUCGGUGUUGUUCAAGGAAAAGGGUAUGAGGGACAUGCAUGGGACGGAACCACUUUUGUUGGGUUUUCUGGGGAGCAAGAAAAAUGGGUGGGGUCGGCAUCCGUUCUUGAAAGAGUGGACAAGCUCAUGAUUGGGCAGAAGGUUAGUGUCAAACUCUCUGUAGAGCAGCCAAGAUUUGGAUGGUCAGGUCAUAGCCACGAAAGCAUUGGAACCAUAUCAGCAAUUGAUGCUGAUGGAAAGCUAAAAAUAUAUACGCCAGUUGGUUCCAAAACGUGGAUGCUUGAUCCAUCAGAAAUUGUGGUAGUUAAGGAAGAAGAAAUCUGCAUUGGAGACUGGGUUAGGGUUAAGGCGUCGGUUUCAGCCCCAACAUAUCAGUGGGGAGAGGUGAGCCAUUCAAGCAUUGGGGUGGUGCACCGCAUGGAAGGUGGGGAACUAUGGGUGGCAUUCUGCUUUAUGGACAGGCUAUGGCUUUGCAAAGCAUGGGAAAUGGAACGAGUUAGGGCAUUCAAAGUAGGGGACAAGGUGAGAAUUAGAGAAGGGCUGGUGUCACCUCGAUGGGGGUGGGGAAUGGAGACUCAUGCAAGCAAGGGGCAUGUGGUUGGUGUAGAUGCAAAUGGAAAGAUAAGAAUUAAGUUUCAGUGGAGAGAAGGGAGGGCGUGGAUUGGAGACCCUGCCGAUAUUGUUCUUGAUGAGAGCUAAUCCCGCAUGAUGGGCUUUCAUGGAGCUCUUGUUCGUGCUGUGGAGUCCAACUGCUUGGGUUGGUAGGACAAGCAAGGGUUUUCUACUGCAGUAUAUGGCCAUAUUUACUCGGCCAGUAUCCAUGAUUUCGCAGCGGCCACCAGAAAGGGCGGUUCUAUUUAAUGUUAGUAAGCAGUACAGACGAUUCAGCAAAUAUGGGGGAGCAUGGGAGGAAAAAACUGCCGUUGCCUUGCUACUAACUAUACGGGGAUAACAGAGCAGCCAACGGAGAAGAUGUCCAGGUCAUUUGUAUGUCAUAGAUCGUGUUAAUAGUUGAAAAGAUUUUGAGGCAUAUACCUAGUUAUCUACACAUUAUCAUUUUCUCAGUUUGUACAAAAUCAGACACAACAUAAUCUUGUGAGUUGUAAUUUGUCUAGCCUUCACAGGCACAGCUCUCAGAAGGCAGUCUCUCUUUGGCCACAUCAUGUUGUUUUUAUACAGCUAGAUCAGAACCUGACAGUUGCGGCAAGUAGCUUGGAUUCUGUCAUUUCUUUCUUAGUAAUAUUCGCGACGAAGAACAAUGUAUUGAAUUUAACUGCAAUUUGAAACAAGCUUGGGAAGGAA